GCUCAUCCCCAUGGCCAUGAAGACAUGAACAACGACAUCCUCGAACAAAAUCAAAACCCUCCACCACUCGACUUCUUUCAACAACUUUUGGAGGGUCAACAACAAUUGCUUACGGGGUACACUCAAAUGAACGAGAACUACAUGGCUAUGUCAACCGGCCCAACCAAAUACAGGAGGAGCAAAGGGCCGGUUUUUAGCGAUUGGAGGAGCUCCGGGAAGCCGAUAGGCAUCGGUAUGAAGAAGACCAACGUAGGUUCUACGGACCUAUGUACUCUUACAUGGCACAGCAAGGAUCUUUUCAUACCAUGGCGAACCCCCCUCCACCACCCUCGUGGUAUAACCCCACUCAUUGGGGUAACUUUCGAGGAUCUGGCUCCGGGGGUGGAGGGUACGACGGCGGAGAUGGCGGGGACACAUACAUGGGAGAUGGCGGGCAGGGGAGCGGCUUCGGAGGCAGCUACUACGGCGGAGAAGGCGGGCACUAGGGACAGUGCUUGGUUCAAGUGCGGGGGAGAGACUCAUCAUGGCACUCGUUGUAUCUCUUUGAAGAAUAAGAAGAUUCAGAAAACAAAGAAGAAGAAGAAGAAGAAGAAGAAGAAUAGAGGAGGAGAAGAGAAGAUGAACACUAGAACGCCGUAAAACCCAAGAUGUUCUUUGUAAUUUGAGCUUAAAACUCAUUUUUGUUAUCCUUGGUGGUCUUUGUGUUUGUAUGUUGUUUAAACUGUGGAAAC